CCAAACCCCCCCCUCUCUCCCCGUGUCGCUCAUCCGCUCCUUCUAUAAACCCUGGCCUCCUCCCCCAAUCGUUCUUCGUCCUCUGCGACUCCGCUUCAAUCCAUCACAUUGUCCCCUUUGCUGCACGUGAGACAUUGUGUACUCUUAUCAUGGUCCAAAGCCAAAUCAAUUCUUCGCAAUUGGUGGCUUAACACUUGCUCAGCACCUCACCACAUUCACAUGCUUGGCUCGCACCUUGUCCUCUCUCAAUAACCUUCUAGAUAUCCUUCCUCCACAGUCGAGUUGAUACCUCCUUCCACCGACUCGUCCCUCUGUUCCGACCCGCACCAUGUCUCAGCAGGAUCUGGACCGUGCCUAUGGCCGACCGCCCAGCAAUGGCUCCCCUGAACAGUACCCGGUUCACACCCGUUCUAGAUCUACCGCGCAUGCGCAAAGUCCAAAGCGGCUGUCUGUCCUGGGCGGCCGCUCUCGCAGCAAUACCACAACUUCCACCUCUUCCCGUCGUUCACCGGGUUCCUCAACGACCUCGGUCGAGGCUCCCUCGUUGCCCCCCUACGAGGACCGGGGGGACCGGGCCGGUUCGUCGGCUGGCUUUCGCUAUGACCGUUCAGAGAGCGUAACGAAAUCGCUUUUAUCACGCGGAAGUCGCAUUCUGCGUCGCCGGGGAAGCAAGUUUCACAUAGUCUCAACGCUGGACGAGGAAGAUGAGGUGGACCGCGAAAAGCCCCGGUUUGAAGUUUCCGACCUCUUCAGCCGGCAUCAUAAGCCACGACAGAGUGACGCACAUGAUCAGCUGAAGAGCUUGAUCUCAGACCCGUUCGACUUUCACCACCUGACCCACACAAGCCCAUCUCAGUUCCAGUCCCUCGAAAAGGCUCGCGAGACUGACUUGGUCACGGAAUUUUCUGCCAUACGUGCCUCACAAAGACCUGUCACCAAUCUCAAGGGCAUCCAAGCUCAAGAUCUGCAUUUUCAUGAUUUCUCUUCGGAAGAUCUCAAUCAUUUCGGGGCAGCUAUUGCUGACAACGAUGCCGCUACUGACACAUUACCAGUAAGCCCGCCGGCGUCGCCGGGUGGCUCCUCCUCUAUUAGUCCUAAGCAGCACGACAUUCGGAGACGACCAGAGUCGCGCGCCUUUGAAAACUUCUCACGACCUGUUCCCAGGUUUUCCAAAGGGCCAGGGGAAGCGAGUUCUCCGCCGAGGGCUCCUUCACCUAGGCUGGCGUCUUCUCCUGAGUUGCCUGAGCCAGCCCCUCGAGCUAUUGAUGAGAUUUUGGGCUUGUCCAGCCAACCAACAUACCCUGAGCAUGUAUAUUCGCAGGAUGGUGACGAUCUCGAUGUUGAUGAUGUAUAUGGAAAUGCUUCAUGGUCCCAGCUACACGUGCAGGAUAUGUUUCCAAUUCCCGCCACCCAUGCGGUUACCACGGAUGCUGGCCACGAGGGGCUUGAUGUGAGGACCUCGUCCAUGUCUCUGACCAACCUGUCCUAUGAUUUGGAAGGUGUCCCAGAGGAAGAGGAAGGUGAUGAUGAAGCAGUUGCAAGCUUAAAGCAUGAGGUCGAGCCGGAGUUUCCCACUGCCGACGAUCCCUCUCAGGCAACCACGGUUUUCAGCUCACUUCCAUUGGCCAAGAUCCAAUCAGCUUCCGCAACUGCUCCUGAGCUGUCUGUAUACGUGACUCAGGAUUUAGCAAGGAAAUUGUCUGAGGCACUUGGCUCUCCGACCCUCCCCCAAACCCGACCCACUACAGAAGCACCGAUGACUGAACGGACAAUUUCGGAAAAUGCCAGGAGGCGAUCCUCGGUCGCCAUGCGAACUGUCCCUGAGACCAUCUAUGACUCGUGGGAUGCUGAUAUCGACUAUUGCUAUGAGCAUGCAGCCGAAUCGAAUUCGAACUUCGACUGGACUCGCAAUUCCGUCGACGAGCCACGAGCGGAUGUGAUGACGGUUGAGGCCGACACUGCGGCAGAUGGAGACAAAACCACAUUUUCGUUCAAUCGUCUGAGCGCCACCGCCGUAUCCGCUACGGACCGGGACUCCAUUCCUUCAUUCUCGGAAGUCAGCUCUCACGUGGCUGUUACUCCUUCUACUGCUGAGUAUGACGCCGGGAUGGCCGUUUCCCAGAGAGACAGUGAUUACUUCCGUCCUGUCAGGUUCGGGCCUGCCCUGAGCAAGUCAAUGAAUCCAGAGUCCUUGUAUGAGGACUACUUGACAGCAGAUGCGGAAUCGGAUCGUCACUUUUCGUUCUGUUCGCAGCAAGGUGUAAUUCAGCCUAUCGAGCAUUCCAUCUCCCCUCGCAGCAGCUUCUCCCCGAUCAGCAAGUGCAAUUCCCAGGAGAGUUUGAUCUUAUCCCGCGCGGCGUCGAUUGUGCGCAAACAUCGAUCGUCCGUGUCGACCGCUAGCGUCCCAGACCUAGUACACAGUCUGGCAAUCAGCCGCGAGCCGAUUCCAACUGAACAGAUCCUUUCAGGCGAAUGUACUGCGGUUGGGAGACCAGACUCCUCUCACCAUAGACAAACCAAGAGCCUUGCACGGGAACUUGAAGCACAGAUGAUUUAUCGUGCGGAACCGGAGGCAAGCUUCGAGCCUAUGGGACCGGGCUCUGCCAUCAUUCCUUCCAUCCACGACCGAGCCAAAUCCACGAGCGAAGUUGAAGCGGCACCCUUAGCUGUCGCGGCUGCUUCUAGAAUCGCGCCUCGUCGUAAAGGGAGGGCGUCUUAUUCCCUGUUUCCUGCGGCUGCGAACUGAGUUGUUGUUCGGUCAACACUGGCAGACCGACACAUCCUAUCACCAGCUUCCCGGCCUUUCCAUUUUGAAAGAUUGUAUGUGUGUUGGCUGUCUUUUCGAUUCGUUCUGCAAUAGAACAUCUUCCACGAAUUUAUGAUUUCAACCCCUUGUUUUAGCGGACACUUGAUUUCAGUUCCUUUACUCUCCCGGCCUCUGCGACGACAUUCUGCCUUGUACAUUUGCAUACCAACACUGCACGCUAUGCUCUUUUUGUUUUCAUUGUCCAUCUGCGCCUCUCUUGCAUUUCUCAGCGAUUGGUUCU